CGGCAGGUGCCCACGUGAUCCUAGCCUGCAGUCGGGUUCCUUCUUUGAGGUACCUGGUUGCCUGAAGGGCAGACGGUUAGGCCGUUACUGCUGCCGACCGACUCUCGUGGGCGACCAGGCUGGGAAACAAAAGAGCCGACUGAGGCGUUCACCACUUAGUGCGUACGGCAAGGGUUUGCUCUUUCUACCACCUCCGCCAUCCCCACCUCUGCGGGUGAAAUUACCUUUUGGUUUCGAGACCUUGUGGCCUGAGGCCCAAACUCGAGACGAAUCCCCACUCCUCCUUCCCUCUCAUCCUCCAUCUCUUGCUGCGUACCACCGAAUCACUAGCCUUUGAGCUGGCCUGCUCAGCGGUGCCUUGAAGCCAAGUUCGAGGCGGUAAAGGUAACCGUGGGGAAAGCAGCCCUCCAGUGGACAAAGGCGGAGGCAAGAAUAGAGCUGACCUACGGGCCUCAUGCGAUGAGAAUAGGAGGCUGAGGGGUUCAAGAGGGCAAAAAAAGCGGGCGGAGGGGUGGUGGUGAAGAGAGCUGCGGCUUAGAAGGUACUGGAAAGGACUUGUUGCACGAUGGAAGAAUCUGACUCUGAGAAAAAGAUGGAGAAAGAGAAUCUGGGACCGAGACUGGAUCCUCCCAUAGGGGACUCGGAAAGAUCGCUAGGGUGGGUGCUACCAAAUACAGCCAUGAAGAAAAAGGUGCUGCUGAUGGGUAAAAGUGGGUCUGGUAAGACCAGCAUGAGGUCUAUUAUCUUUGCAAAUUAUAUUGCCAGAGACACACGUCGCCUGGGUGCAACAAUACUAGACGGUUUACAUAGUCUUCAAAUUAAUAGCAGUUUGAGCACCUACUCUCUCGUAGACUCUGUUGGAAAUACAAAGACAUUUGAUGUAGAACAUUCUCAUGUUCGAUUUCUGGGAAACCUGGUAUUGAACCUGUGGGACUGUGGUGGACAGGACACCUUCAUGGAAAAUUAUUUCACUAGCCAACGAGACAACAUCUUCCGAAAUGUGGAGGUGCUGAUUUAUGUCUUUGAUGUGGAGAGCCGAGAACUAGAAAAGGACAUGCACUAUUACCAAUCAUGCCUGGAGGCCAUUCUGCAGAACUCUCCAGAUGCCAAAAUCUUUUGUUUGGUGCACAAAAUGGAUCUGGUACAGGAGGAUCAACGGGACCUGGUUUUUAAAGAGCGAGAAGAAGAUCUGAGGCGUUUGUCUCGCCCAUUGGAAUGUUCUUGCUUCCGAACAUCUAUCUGGGAUGAAACUCUCUAUAAGGCUUGGUCCAGCAUUGUUUAUCAGCUGAUUCCCAAUGUUCAGCAGCUGGAAAUGAACCUAAGGAAUUUUGCUGAAAUUAUUGAGGCUGAUGAAGUGCUUCUGUUUGAAAGAGCUACUUUUCUGGUGAUUUCUCACUAUCAGUGUAAAGAGCAGCGUGAUGCCCACAGAUUUGAGAAAAUCAGCAACAUUAUUAAGCAGUUUAAGCUGAGCUGUAGCAAACUGGCUGCAUCUUUCCAGAGCAUGGAAGUCAGGAACUCUAACUUUGCUGCUUUCAUUGACAUCUUUACAUCCAACACUUAUGUAAUGGUCGUGAUGUCUGAUCCAUCCAUUCCUUCUGCAGCUACUCUGAUCAACAUCCGCAAUGCCCGGAAACACUUUGAAAAGCUGGAAAGAGUGGAUGGACCAAAGCAGUGUCUCCUCAUGCACUAAACAUUGCCAAAUGUUGUUUCAGAAAAAAUGUUGAAAUACUGUUAAUUAAUGUUAAUGUUAAUGUAAUAUAUGUAGGCUCUGAAAUGUUGUGAUGCUUAACAAUUCUGUGUUUCUUCCCUACUCCCCACUGUUACUGUUUAACCUUGAAUGCUAUUUACUCAAACAGCCAGUGGGGAAUUAGGAGGUGAGCUGUCCAUGAAGUUGGUGUGACAUAAAAGUAGGUGAUAUGUAAGUGUUCUGAUAAUAGGGUUUUAAUAGUGUUAAGUGUUCUUAUAUCUUAUAACCUGGUUCUAGCAGUUGUUUAUGCCAAAGCCUUUCUGAAUACUUGUAUUCCUUAUCAGAUAGUAACUUGUAAGAUUGGAAUACUACUGUUUUGUUAGCAUGCAUUAAAAAUAUUCCUUAACUUCAAUUGCAAAUAAACUUUUGCUGUUAGGGA